AUGGAGAGUGGGAGCGGGCCAGGCAGCCCCAGCACCAUGCCCCUGGCUCCCAGUGAGGCUGUCCCGGGCCCUGCAGACAAGGGGGUCUCCAUCUUCCUGGGGCUCUUUGUGUGCGUGGUGGGCAUCGUGGGCAAUGCCAUGGUGGUCCUGGUGGUGCUGACCACCCGGGACAUGCAAAUGCUCACCAACUGCUACGUGGUCAGCCUGGCCCUGGCAGACCUCACAGUGCUGGUGGCUGCAGGGAUGCCCACUGUCUCUGAGAGCUUGGCUGGGCAGUGGGUGUAUGGCCAUGCCAGCUGCCUGGGCAUCACCUAUUUGCAGUAUCUGGGCAUCAAUGCCUCCUCCUGCUCCAUCCUGGCGUUCACAGUGGAGAGGUACAUUGCCAUCUGCCACCCGAUGUGGGCACAGACCGUGUGCACCAUGGUGCAGGCCAAGCGAGUCGUGGUGGGUGUCUGGGGGACCAUGUCCAUGUACUGCCUGCUCUGGUUCUUCCUGGUGGACCUGGACGCUGGUGGGAGCCGGGGCCUCCAGUGCGGCUACCAGGUGGCCUGCAGCCUGUACCUACCUAUCUACUUGCUAGACUUCACUGUCUUCUUCCUUGCGCCCCUACUGGCAGCCACGGUGCUCUCCGGACUUAUCGCAAGGGUCUUGUUCCAGAGCACCCUGGCACACCUGCCACAGCUUGGGGACCAGCACAGGGACAGUGAGGCCCAGCUGGAGGCAAGAGCCCUGGGGAGACAGCCUCGUGAGCCUGGCGGGGGUGCGGGGGCCAGCUGCUGCGAGACCAGAGGCUUCCCUUCAUCCAGGAAGCAGGUCACCAAGAUGCUGGUGGUGGUCGUGCUGCCCUUUACCGUCCUGUGGAUGCCCUACCGCUCGCUGCUGCUUCUCAACUCCUUCGUGUCUGAGCCCUUCCUGGACCCCCGGGUGCUCCUCUUCUGCCGCACCUGCGUGUAUGCCAAUAGUGCCGUCAACCCCAUCAUUUACAGCCUCAUGUCCCAGAAGUUCCAGGCGGCCUUCCGGCAGCUGUGUCAGUGCAGGGCGGAGGGGCCACAGAGGCGCAUGGCCAGCCUUAGCACUGCCAGCUACAGCGCGGUCCGAGAGACCCCCCAGAAGGCAGAGACCAGCAGGAGCGAGGCCGCCGGCCCUCAGGCAGCAGGGCCCCCACUCCUGCAGCAGGGGCCUGGAUUCAGCAUGGUCUGA